AUGACGAUUUUGGCACAGAUAAAGAAUACAGGAUCGGAAUGGGACCGCGAGUAUAUAUUGAGCAAUUCGGAUCAGGUUAUGUUCAGUGUGAAUCAUGGUGGGUAUUGGGUGAAGAAUCAUGUGGGAGAUGUUGGUUAUAUUUCUGGUUAUGUGAUUACAUUUGAGUGUGACCCUGAGGAUUUCUUCACGGCGUUGGCAAAUGAGAUGGGCGAAGGCAACAGUUUCUACGGCCACCAUAUGUGGUAUAAGCUGCCGUUUAGAGAUAAUAAGGAACGAAAGAGAUUAAAUGGUGGUGAAUCGAGUUUUCAGAGGAUGUGUGAAGCGGGGAAAGAGAUGAUAGAGUCGGAUAUGGAGUGGCUUGAUGGAUAUGGUGCGAUUUGA